UGCUAGGCGGAAGCGAGCUGCUGGAGCUCGUGGGCUUUAGACAUGUCAUGGAUUCGGGCGGCUGUGGAGCAGCAGGAAGGGGAGGAAGUGUUUGAUGAGGAUGGAGACGAACUGAGUCUUUUGCAAAAGGACUGGAAGCGAUCCAUGGAGAAGAGAUUGAAGGAAGGGUAUGUCGAUGGAGUAGAUGCUGGAAAAGGAAAUUCUCUCCAGAGUGGAUUCAAUCAGGGAUAUAAACUUGGAGUGAAUAUGAUUAUGCCUUACGGUGAAAUCAGAGGAACCUUAAGUGCACUUUUGACAUGGUGUCAGCUUCAUGACCCUGGACCUGCGGUGACCACGAAGCUUAAUGAUCUACUGACCUUGGUAUGUCAGUGUGAAGACCACUUACUGAGAGGUCUGUCUUCCAUUUACCAGACACCCCAUCCUUCUGAUUUGUCCACGACUUUGGAAGAUAUAGGUCUGGCCAGUAUUGAAUGUGGAGGAACGGAUAAGCAAAACCCGUGUACAGAAGGCCGGGACUGUUGUCGGAUCCAAGACUCUCACUCAUCUCCAUUUGCCAGCUGUAGGACUAUACAGCAGCUCAAUGACAGAGGAAAACAUGAACGUUGUAGGAUUGUGGGGGAAAUGCUUUCUGUGGUUAAAGACAUGGCUCUUCCAGACAGUCUUGUUUUUCAUAUUCAAAGACUGAAAACUUAAUGAGAAAGUUCCAUAGAAAAAAAAUAUUCUUUAACCAUUAACUGCAGUGCUGUAUACAGUAAAGAAGAACACUUUUAUUGCAUCUUGUUCCAAUAAACAUCCUUUAUCAACAGA